AUGUUACUAAAAAAUCUUCUUUUUCCCAUCACUUUGUUGUUCAUCUCGUUGGUAGGUGCUUGGUCACCUAGCAAUGGCUAUGCACCUAGUAGAGUUUCCUGUGAUAAUGACACUAAUUUAAUAAGAGAAGCGAACGGCCUAUCUGCCAAUGAGACCGACUGGCUGCAGAAAAGAGACAUUUAUACACGGUAUGCCUUGAAAAGUUUCUUGACUCGAGCCAAUAACAGUUUUUCAAACCACUCGAUAAUCUCAGAAUUGUUCAGUAAUGACUCGAACGUUCCAAAGAUUGGAAUUGCAUGUUCUGGUGGUGGCUACCGUGCCAUGUUAAGUGGUGCUGGUAUGAUCGCCGCAAUGGACAACAGAACUGGUGGCGCUCUGGAUCAUGGCUUGGGUGGUCUCCUUCAAAGUUCCACAUAUCUUGCUGGACUUUCCGGAGGAUCCUGGUUGGUAGGGUCACUGGCAUGGAAUAACUGGACUUCCGUUCAGGAUAUCAUCAAUAGCACACCCGAAAAUGAUUCCAUUUGGGACUUGACGCAUUCUAUCGCCUCUCCAGGCGGAGUAGACGUCAAUAAAUCUGCCGAAAGAUGGGAGGUAAUCACCGAAGACAUAAUGUCAAAGGCUGCGCUUGGAUUUCCGGUGACUCUGGCAGACUACUGGGGCCGUGCUUUAUCUUACAAUUUUUUCCCAUCUUUACCUGAUGGUGGUGUAGGCUAUACAUGGUCUUCUUUGAGGGAUUCUGAAGUUUUUACGAGUGGUCAAAUGCCCUUUCCCAUUUCUGUCGCCGAUUUCAGAUCUCCUUACACUACAAUUUCCAGCAGGAAUAGUUCAGUUUUUGAAUUCAAUCCAUUUGAGAUAGGCUCUUGGGAAUCCUCUGUAAAUGCAUUCAGUGAUAUCAAAUAUUUGGGUACCCAAACGUCGAAUGGUGUUCCGGUGAACAAAGGUCAAUGUGUCGAGGGGUUCGAUAAUGCUGGUUUCAUUAUGGGAACAUCAUCAACCCUGUUUAACCCUAGUAUGUCACCAGUGAUUGGAAUGCUAAUGAAUGGUGGAACUGUUGCUUCUAUUUUCCAGAAAGCUAUUGCCAAUGAUUCUAAUGACGUUGCUAACUAUGCUCCAAAUCCAUUCAAAGAUGUCACAUUCGCAACCGAUGAUUCUGGGGAGACGAUAGUACAGAGUGACUAUCUUUACCUCGCUGACGGGGGUGAAGAUGGUGAAACUAUUCCAUUAGUUCCCCUGCUUCAACAGGAUCGUGAUUUGGAUGUUAUUUUUGCGUUGGACAGUUCAUCUGAUACUAUCACGAGUUGGCCAGAUGGUAGUUCAUUAGUGAAUACUUAUGAACGUCAAUUCAGCUCUCAAGGUAAAAAUAUAGCCUUCCCAUAUGUUCCGGACCAAUCAACAUUUGAGAUUCUGCAAUUGAACAAAAAGCCUACCUUCUUUGGAUGUGAUGCCAGAAAUUUAACAGACUUAAAGUAUAUUCCACCACUUGUCGUUUACAUUCCAAAUACCGCAUACUCUUUUAAUAGUAAUCAGAGUACAUUCAAAAUGUCUUACACACCAGCUGAACGCCUCGAAAUGAUGGAGAACGGUUUUGAAGCAGCAACGAUGGGUAAUUUUACACAUGAUCCAGAAUUUAUGACAUGUAUUGGAUGCGCCAUUAUUAGACGUAAACAACAGAGUUUUAAUGCUACGUUACCUGAAGAGUGUGAUUCAUGCUUUUCACGCUACUGUUGGAGUGGAGAAUUGAGUGAAAAUUAUCCAGGUGUCACUACAGGGAAUCAAACGCUAACCUCGAACGUGACUUCAAUUUCGUCAACGGCAACGUUGGAGCCAUCAAUUACCUCGAUGUCCACGGAAACCUUGUCAAUAUCUUCUGCUACCGCGUCUCCUUCCUCGACAAUCGUGAUGAGAGGUGCUGGAUCAACUUAUUUGAGACCCACAUUUGAUAUGAAAUGUCUCGCGGUAAUUAUAUUUACUUCAGGCGUGUUUGGUUUCAUUUUGUAA